AUGUCUCUGGCCUUCGACCUGAGCAACUCCGGCGGUGCUUAUCAACCACUGGACAGCGGAAGCGGCAAAGACGCGUCGGCAGCGGUCCCGCAAAGACACGCGAUGAGCAUGAGGGUCUCGUGGAUCAGGCAAUGGCGCCGCUAUAAACUGCCCGCCUUGGUUCUCAUGAUGAUGUUUCUGAUGUCCUGCCUUGCGUACCGCAUCAUGGGUGCCGAGCAGGAUGCUCCUCCCACGGACUUGCACCGCAGCUCCCCGCUGCUGGAUGCUUACGAGGAUUUCAGCGCGAUGCGGGCCGGCGACCUAAAGAUGCGCAUCGAGGAGAUGGUAAGAAUCAAGAGCACUGUGUCAGUGGAGCUGCGCGAGCUAGAGUCCCGCCGCCAGAAACUGCAGUCGGACAUCAGUCAGUACAAUCAAAAAAUUGAGGAGCUGAAGCAGGAGCUGCUCCGUGAGCAGACCGAGUUGGAGCGUCUCAAGAUGUCCGUGGAGCAGGCGCAGGUGGCCCAGCGGGAGGCAGUGCAGCGCAACACUCCUGAUCUUGCCCUGCCGCGCACCCUCCUGCCCAACUCCCUGCCCCGAAAGAUGAAUACUGUCUCGACGGGCGUAGCCGCCUCCUGUGCGAUGCACAACUGCUUCGACCACUCCCGUUGCAGCCUCACCUCCGGCUUUCCAGUAUACCUUUAUGACCCCGACGAACACAACGUCCAGCGAACUGGCUACGAUAUCGAUGGCUUCCUUAAGACAACUCUCAAACAAACGCUCGGCUACAACGCGCACAUAGUGAGGGAUCCAACGCAAGCCUGCAUCUACCUGGUGCUGGUAGGCGAGGCUCUGCUGGAACAGGACCUGCUUCGAAACAACCGAUAUGCGGCCCAAGAGGCUGAGCAGCAACAGCCGACGGCUCCCAGCCAAACACACGACUGCCCCAUCGAAAUGCAGAAGCUGUACAACCUGCCCUACUGGGGAGGCGAUGGCCGCAACCAUGUGCUGCUAAACCUGGCACGCCGGGACCUCUGCUCCCGCAGGACGAAUGCACUGCUCCAGCAGAACACCAUGCGAGCCAUUGUGGUGCAGAGCGCCUUCGAGCUGGACCAGUUCCGACCCGGAUACGAUCUGAUUGUGCCCCCCAUCCUCGGUCCGCCAGGAGGAGACGUUUGGCAGGAGUGUGCCAGCAUGGUGCCCGCCCGCCGCAAGUACCUGCUCUCGUUCCAGGGAGAGAUGAGACCGAAAACAGACCCCCAAGGCUCCAACCCGCUGGACGACUUCAUACUGGAACACUUGACGGAUAUGUCCAAGGGACCCACUCAGGAUCAGUUCGAGCUACAGUUCCAGUGCGUCCCCGCCACGGAGCAGCAGGAGGUGGACUCCGUGUCCGACUGGACGCUUUGUGGAUCGGAUUCGUCCCGCAAGCAGCUGCUGAAGGACUCUACCUUCGCGCUGAUCCUUCCCCCGCUGAACGGACGUGUGGCUUCCACGCUCAUGCUAGCCCGACUAUAUGAGGCGCUGCGCUCCGGGGCCGUUCCCGUCAUCCUCGGAGCAGAUGAGCUUCGUCUCCCGUAUGCGGAGACUCUGGAUUGGCGUCGGGCGGCACUCCUCAUGCCCAAGGCUCGCAUCACGGAGCUGCACUUCCUCCUUCGAGCCGUCCAGGACGCGGACUUGCUUCUUUUUCGGCGCCAGGGCCGACUAAUCUGGGAGCGGUACCUCAGUUCCGUUCAGGCCACUGUGGACACGGUGAUAGCCAGCCUACGCGACCGCCUGGGGAUACCACCGCGCCCGGUUCCACCAGUAGUAGCACAGAGCGUCUUCAACAGCACAUUUAUACCGUUAAAGUCCGAUCCACCAGUGGGACUGGACACGGAACCGGAAGAGUCUCUUGGUCCCAUUGAGCCGCCAUAUCCGAGUCCCGCCUUCCGCAGAAACUACACGAUCCUGCGAAUGCAGUCCAAGGAGGCCUGGAACGACUGGGUAGAUCCCUUCUACAUGUAUCCCCAGCUGCCCUUCGACCCGGCCCUUCCCUCCGAUGCCAAGUUCAUUGGAUCCCACACAGGAUUCCGGCCAAUCGGUAAGGGCAUUGGAGGAGCCGGUAAGGAGUUCAGCGAAGCCCUCGGCGGAAACUACCCCAGAGAACAGUUCACCAUUGUCAUAUUGACCUACGAGCGGGAGCAGGUGCUGAUGGACUCGCUGGGUCGCCUUUACGGGCUACCGUAUCUGCACAAGGUGGUUGUUGUAUGGAACUCACCAAAGCCGCCGUUGGACGACCUUCGCUGGCCAGACAUCGGGGUGCCAGUGGCGGUUCUGCGCGCCCCGCGCAACUCCCUCAACAACCGCUUCCUGCCUUUCGAUGUAAUCGAGACAGAGGCGGUGCUCUCAGUCGAUGACGACGCCCACCUACGGCAUGAUGAGAUUUUAUUUGGCUUCCGUGUGUGGCGCGAGCACCGCGACCGCGUCGUCGGUUUCCCCGGUCGCUACCACGCUUGGGAUGUGAGCAGCAACAACAUGUGGCACUAUAACUCCAACUACAGCUGCGAGCUCAGCAUGGUGCUCACCGGAGCAGCCUUCCUGCACAAGUACUACAUGUACCUGUACACCUAUCACCUGCCACAGGCCAUCCGCGACAAGGUGGACGAGUAUAUGAACUGCGAGGACAUUGCCAUGAACUUCCUCGUCUCGCACAUCACCCGCCGACCCCCGGUGAAGGUGACUUCUCGGUGGACGUUCCGGUGCCCAGGCUGCCCGGUUUCGCUCAGCGAGGACGACACCCACUUCCAGGAGCGCCAUAAAUGCAUAAAUUUCUUCAGCCAGGUGUUCGGCUACACGCCUCUGCUGAACACUCAGUACCGGGCGGACUCGAUCCUGUUCAAGACUCGCAUUCCGCACGACAAGCAGAAGUGCUUCAAGUACAUCUAGAUCUAAUCGGGGCAUCCACACCUGUAUCCAUCCAGAAACGAUGAACCACAACGGUGGUAACGGCCGCUACACUUACUGCGCUGGACUCCGGCCCGACUCCCAGUCAGACUCCACUCCUAGCUCUAAGCACAAAGUAGUAUAUACUACGUAGCCUACGGACAACACUGGACUUUCACUCAAAGCGUAGCUACUGAAAAGCAAUAUGAGAUUACCGAGACCGCUUAACCACGCGAAUGUUCAUCCUGUGCUUACUUAUAUGUGCCUAUGGAUGUACCUUUGUCUACUUCGGCCUGCCGGAGAUGCUUUCAGAUACCAAAACAGAUCGUAAGUCUUUUACUUAUGUGUGUCUACGUUCGCUUAAUUAUCCUAUGUUAAUGUGUAUUUAUGUAUGUAUGUAUGUCCCCCACUUGACUACUCUGUAUAUAGCGCCUGAUAAAGGCAUCUACAAUCUGUAUCAAUAAAGGAUGAUCAAUUAGACGAA